ACUAUAUAGCAUUUGUUUCAGAGAGUCUGCUUAGGGAAGCACAAUGAAGAAAGCUAUAGCAGUGGUACUUAUUGUUAUGAUUGAGGUGGCAACCAGCAUGCCAGUGUUAAUGGCAUGGAAUCCUGUUCCUCAACCUCCUCCAGCUCCAGCUCCAGCAAAAUGCCCACUUGAUGCUCUGAAGGUGGGGGCCUGUGUUGAAGUGCUUAGUGGCCUUCUGCACAUAGGCAUUGGAGACCCAAUUGUAAACCAGUGCUGCCCUGUGAUUGAAGGAGUUUUGGCAUUGGAGGCAGCGCUGUGUUUGUGUACAGCAAUCAGGGCUAAGCUUCUCAACCUCAAUAUACUUGUUCCACUAGCACUGCAGCUUAUUGCUUCUUGUGGAAUGACUCCUCCUCCGGGCUUCACAUGCCCUGCUUCUUAGUGUCUGAAGUAUUCAAUG